UAGAAAAAUUAAAUAAAAUUAUUUUCCCCUUGAAAAUUGUAAUUUAAUCAGAACAAAUUGUUGUUUUCUUUUGAAUUGUAGCCUUAUUGGUAGUUUUAAUGUAAUGUUAUUUAAAUUAGGAAGUAAGGCAUCAAGAAAAGGAAUUAAUAUUUAUAAAUACUUUACAACCAUAAACACGAAAGUAUUAGAGGGGGACAAAAUGUCAUCUGUUAAACUAAGUGAUGUCUUGAUGGUCCUGGAAAAGUUUGCUCCGAAAUCAUUAUCAGAAAGUUGGGAUAACACUGGACUUUUGGUUGAGCCUUACACACCAAGACCCAUUAGCAAACUGCUACUUACAAAUGAUCUAACAGAAGAUGUUGUUAGUGAAGCAAAUACUCUUGGUUGUGCAAUGAUAAUAUCCUACCACCCUCCCAUAUUUGCACCAUUAAAAGCAAUUACUCAGCAAGCAUGGAAACAACGCAUAAUUUCAAAUUUGCUAGAAAAUCGGAUUGCUUUAUAUUCACCACACACAAGCUGGGACAGUGUAAAAGGAGGUGUUAAUGAUUGGUUGGCUUCUGCUUUUCCUGUUCGCGAAUGUGCACCCAUUCUACCCAAAGAAAACCCAACUGUAGGACCCGGCAGAAUUUUGGAACUGGAGACCAGCAUUUCAUUGUCAGAUGCAGUAUCAAAGGUUAAAGCGCUGACUGGGUUAAAUUAUGUACGGGUGGCGGUCGGCAAGAACAAGGAGAUGAAUGAUAAUAAUAUCCAGAGAAUAGCUCUUUGUGCUGGCUCAGGAAGUUCAGUGUUGAAAGAUAUUGAGGCAGACUUAUAUUUAACUGGUGAAAUGCUGCACCACGAUAUAUUGGAUGCUGCUCAAAGAGGAAUAUCUGUAAUUUUGACAAAUCAUUCAGACUCGGAACGAGGAUUCUUAAGACAAUUCUCAACAUACCUUCAGAAUGAAUUAAAUAAUCAAAUACAAGUAUUAGUGAGCACGUAUGAUAAGGAACCUUUAAUUACAGUGUAAAUUAAAAUGCAAUAAAAGUUGUAAAGCAAGUAUUA